AUGCCACGGCGGAGACCUAUCUGUCAGACUGUGACCCCCCCCUGCGGCCCCUGCCCAUCGCCCAGCACCCCCCCAAGCCGGCGAAGCGCUCGCGGGCGGCGUUUUCCCACACCCAAGUCAUUGAACUGGAGCGAAAAUUCAGCCACCAAAAAUACCUGUCGGCCCCCGAGCGAGCCCACCUGGCCAAAAACCUGCAGCUCACCGAGACCCAGGUGAAAAUCUGGUUCCAAAACAGGAGGUAUAAAACCAAGAGGAAACAGGUCGCCUCCGAAAUCAGACUGGACACGCGCCUGGCCGGGCAGAAAGCGGCCGAGCUCCCCGCAGCAUCGCUGCUCGCGCUGCGGGGCAGCUGGCAGUCCCUGCCUUGCCUCUACUACUUAAACGGCUGGAGUCCCUCCUGGUGGUAG